UCCAUUUUCCGCAUGUAUAAAAGUUUUUAUUAGUUUUGUAAAAGGGAUGAAUCUCGCAGGUAAGAAUCAGUUUCAUAAAACACACAUAAAGUUAAUAAAUAAAAAAGACUAUAACAUACAACAUACUUGAUGUACUCAUAAAUGUAUUAUAUAUACUCAUUACUUAUCUCAACGCGUUGCAACAAAAAACAAGACAAAAUAUCUUGACAGUAUGACAAUCUUAACAUAAUCCUAUUAACGUUUUAGGUUCUCGUAAUUUAUCGGGAAAUGAAUCUUACGACGAACUGGACUUCCUGAUUGACGGACGUGGUCGACCCGUUCAAGAGAAUCCUUACGAGGAUGACUUUGUGAUGACGCAACGACGUUUUAAAGAGCGAGCGUCCGCCGCGUUCGAGGAGGAUAUGGCGGAACUGAGACGCAAGAGGCGGGACAUGCAGGAUCGCAUUUUCGACGUAAUCGACUUGAACGCCGAGAUCGAGAAGGCCAAGAACACGCUGGAGGCAGCCGGAAUAGCGUUCCAGCGACACGCGACAUCCAAGUUUGAUCAGGAUGAAGACGAUCAGUCGAUGUCCUUGGUGCAGAGGCUCGACAGAACGCGUAAAAUCGCCAACAUGGAUGUGGUGGUGGAGAAGCCGAAGCCCAAGCCCUUCCUGAUGAAGUGGAUUAAAGUGCCGGCCGAGGAACCGGAUACUCAACCGGCUGCUCAAGGGAGACAGCGUAGGAUCAACUCGUUGAUCGAUACCAGCGAGAUCACUGAUCCAUUGGAGACAAUCGCGAUGCAGCCAAUAAAGCGGAAAUUCUUGAAGAGGAAGAAGAGCGUCUCGUUUUAAGAAAUGACGAUGUGUGCCUCCUGUGUUACUUCAGCUUGUCAAGAUUUAUCACAAACUAUUUUAAAGACUGGUUUCUGGAAAUUCGACAACGUCUUUCUUUUCUACAUUAUGGAUAUAUUCUGAUUGCUAAUUGUUUAAUUAAGAUUUUGUUCAAGUGGCCAUUAAUUAUAUCCAUUUAAUUAUUCAUGACGUUUCUUCUGCUAUUUUCUUGAACUCAUUACUGUUUGUUACAAUCGUAUAUUAAUAGAAAAAUAGUUAUGUAUUUAAUAAACAUUAAGUGUUAAAUAAAAGUGACGAAAAAUG